AUGCUUGAAGCUUUUGCAACGUCUAUCCAAUCCAUGAUCUUGAACUUGUUUCAGCCACAGAUCAUUUUUGUCACUGCUCCGGAGGAAGAUGCAGAUCAGGAUGACAUUGUUAGCAUACAGAGUGGUAGCUCAGACAUAUCUGAUCACAGAACUUCGGACAUUAAUCUGGUUGGGCCGCUGAUGGACGAGAAUGCGUUCUUGAGGGCGGAACUUACCAGGGAGAGGGAUCAUUGCACAUAUCUCCGGGGUGCCAUUUCUACAAUUCUUACCACCAUCAAAGAUGGUGUGCAGUGCAAAGUUUGCACCAAAGUUAUCUGCCAGCCAUACACAGUGUGGCCACUCAUUUUGUCUGCGCUGUCUUCAACAGACCUUGCGUGUGAUAUUAUGCGACCAUAUACAAUUCAAGCUUGGCAUGGAUUGGCCCCGUACGCCAAAGGACCAAUGUCCGCACAACAGAUGUCGACCAUCGGGGAGAUGAUCCGCCGAUUGAGCGAUUGUUGUCUUCUGUUACCGGUGUACAAAUGCCCCAAGUGUCAUAGCUGGAUUUCUUCUAGGCCAAUUCCUGCAUUUGCACUAAUGCAGCUUGCGGAUGACGUGGCAAGGUUGUAUCAGAAAUUCAGACAAGAGAAUCCAAACGGUGACGUACUAACAGUGUACACUCGAUUUCCGCACCUAUACUUCCCUGAUUUGCAUCUUAGUAUAGAGGACAGACAGGGCCUUGCUGUCCCCUUUAGUGCCUCCCAAUACCGCUUCCAAUAUCCACCUGUACUUCCUAAUAGGCCAUUACCACCGCUCACAGAACUACUCCCGAUAGCAUCCACACCUCUCAGAACCCAAAUGGAUCAUAGUGAGGGUGUAGGAAAGGGCGCUGGAUGGUGCAAUUGGGCAUGGUUGGAUGUGGAGAUCGCUGGAUUACUGGAUUCUGGAAGAGUUGAAAUCGAUAUCGAUGAUGUCCUUCUGGCCGUGUUUACCAUGGAGGGUCACGGUCAAACAUUCAGCCUCACAUGUAACCAGUCCGAGCAAUCGGAGAUUGGACAAAUACAAGUGUUGGUCAACGUUCAACAUUCUCUGCCCCUGUCGGAUUUAGGCAGGCAGAGACUUCAAGAAUGGCAACGCCCCUUGAAGAAAAUUUUGAUCAUUGGAGUACUGGGUUAA